UUGUUUGUUUUUAGUAUAGGAAGGCAUUCUUUUGUCUUUAUAAUCAGGAGGUUGGUCCGCCUUUAGAAAGGACUACGCGAAGGUGUCGCGUUAUCGACGAAUACGAUCUCGCCAUAACUUAGCGACACCCAUAACGUAAAAUGGUCAUAUGUUCGAGUCUCAAAGGACCGUCACCCCUGCUCUCUCCGAGUGUCGCCCGGCUCCGCCAACGUGGCGACUUUUUGUGCUUGUGGACUCUGCAGUUAGCAUCACAAUGGUAUCGCCGGCCGGUGAUAAGCCCCUUGAAAGAACGCCGCGGGCGCAGUUGUCAGUCGCCGGCGGAGGGUGUACCCUGUGGACCUAACGCCGGCCCAAAGUGAUCUGCAGACGGGGAUUCGGACUCUGUGGAUCCAACCCGGACUCAGAGGGUCCCUCAGCUGGUUCUGGACCCGGUGGACCAGAUUCAGACUCGGGUGGUCCCGAAGACGGUGAUCUGGAUCAGACCCGGACCUGCAGUGCACCUCGGCCUGCUCCCCGACCUUCAGAGUGCAGACUGAGAGGGGUCGGGUCGCCAUGACCUUUGCACUGCUCCACCUCUGCCUGGUGACUGCGGGGACGUUGGCGGUCAGCUCGGCCCAGACGGUGACCUAUCUGGGCCGCCCUCUGCGGGACCGGACCGCCGCCGGCAGCACCCGACCCCCACCCCGGUCACCGGCGCACACCCUGCCGCUGGUGGAUGAGCUCAGCGUGCUGCUCUCCGAGUCCCGACGGCUGCUGGCGCGGCGCGGACACAGCCAGGGAGGACAGCAGCGGACGGCCGCACGUCGGGCCGGGCCAGGGAGGGUACCGGCCGGAGCGGGUGGCGCCACCUACCUCAGUGCUGCCCUCUACCCAGCUGCAGGGCUGGCGGACCGAGCGGCCAAAGCCAGCACUGGGAAUAGUGCAAAUGAUAGCGGUAGGGAAAACCGACCACAGGAGCACAGCACGUUUCUAGCUGCAGAUAAACAAAGCAAUUUUCUGGACCAAACCCUAAGCCCAAGAGCGAGUGGCGGUGUGCAUGUUUGGCGUAAACUCGACAGUACCGUUACAUCCAAAUCUGGCAUUGGUGAAGACGAACCAAAGCUGCUGACCAAGUUCGAAGACGAUCAGGAUAUCUUGGCCCAUGAGUCGUCCUACACCUCGUACGAAGCAAGUUCCUCGUCUGUUACAGCCGAGCGUAAGACGACGGCUGCAGUGCCGUCCGGAACGAUCCCACUCUGGGGUCUGCCCAUUGUAGCCCUUUCCUCUACUACCGCCGACAGCCGCGCCUCUGGCGGGCGCAAGCGGUCGCCCUCCGCCACCUUCAGCCCCACUAUGCGGCCUGGGACAGGUGGCGCCCGAUUCGGCAGCAAAGCCGACACAGGUAGCGCCGGAGUCGCUGACGACGGCAGCACGGCCACCUCGACCCCUGCCGGCAGAGAUAACGUGCCGGGCCGGCCGGGCCGCGACUACCCGACCUUCUCAAAGCCUCCGGUCACGGGGUUCAGCUGCCGCGGCAAGGUGCCCGGCAUGUACGCCGACUUCGAGACUCGCUGUCAGGUGUGGCACUUUUGUCACGAGAACGGCCACCACCGGUUCCUCUGCGUGGCCGGCACCGUCUUCAGUCCCAUCAGUCGCACCUGCGACUGGUGGUACAACGUCGACUGUCGCUACGACGCCUUCCCGCCCUUCUGAGCGCAACACCCGUGACCUCUGUGACGUUAUAUCGUCUGACCUAACCUGGCUGGUGAGCUGUUAACGUCGGGGCAGAAUUUAUGAAACGCUGGGAUGUUGGAACGGUCCAGCAUGACGACAGUGGCCCUAGUGUCCGAGCGUGUUCAGAAAGGCAUCAUCGGCGGUGUGGCCAGUGGCAAUUAGCUGUCAGUGAUGUCAGGCGACCUGUGAACUUUGUGAGGUGGUCAUCGUCCAACAGCGUAACAACAAUAAACGAUGGAAAAUAUACUGACUUACAUACAUGGUCAUGUCUCUUGUCAAUACAAACACGGGCGACAACCUGUCGCCCUGAACGAGACAACUCCAGAAUGAUCGCGUAACGAGCAGUGCCGGCGUAA